CCGCGCGCCGGUGUAGCGCAGCGUAGAGAGAGAGAGAGAGAGAGAGAGAGAGAGAGUAUGGUAGUCUUCCUACGCUCGGUCAGUGACAGCGUCGCUGCGCAUAAAGAAAGGCAUCCACUAGCAGGAGCCAGCAUACGCUGCCGCAUAUACAAACACGCAUGUAGCCAAGGCGAGGAGAGAGAGAGAGAGAGAAAGGGAGAUCAUUGAAAGCUGCACCCAUCCGUUUGUUCGCCACCAUUUCCAUCCCCUCCAUCAUGAGCUCCAAUUAGCCGCACACCGAUCCCCUCCUCUUCUUCCCCCCCUUCUCCUCUCUCCUCUUUUUUUCCUCAUCCGUGCGCGAUACUGCGCUUAGUUUGUGGGUGGGGGGAGUGAUCAUCACCAAAGCCACAAAGGGGGCGCGGAGAGAUAUUAUAUAUUCUUUGGGAAAGCGUUGGAUUAGUUUUUCUCGCUUUGGGCUUUUUAUCCGGAGUUGGAGUGUGUGUGCGCCGGGAGUGGUGGUGGUGAUGGCGGCCGGAGAGGAGGUGAUGGAUCGGUCGACGUCGGCCGAGGACGGGUACUGCAGCGCCGGCACGGACUCGCCGCGGGCGGAGUCCGUCGACGAGCAAGGGGCCGCCGAGGAGUCGUCGCCCCGGGGAGGGCAGAAGCGGGAGCUCCCCUCGCCGUCGGCUUCGCCGUCGUCCCCGCUGCCACCUGCCGCGAAGCGCAGCCGGAGGUCAGUGGAGAAGCGGGUGGUGUCCGUGCCGAUCGCGGAGUGCGGCGACCGGCCGAAGGGCGCCGGGGAGGGGCCGCCGCCGUCGGACUCGUGGGCCUGGCGCAAGUACGGCCAGAAGCCCAUCAAGGGCUCUCCCUACCCAAGGGGGUACUACAGGUGCAGUAGCUCCAAGGGGUGUCCGGCGAGGAAGCAGGUGGAGCGCAGCCGCGCCGACCCCACCGUGCUGCUCGUCACCUACUCCUUCGAGCACAACCACCCGUGGCCGCAGCCCAAGAGCAGCAGCUGCCACGCGAGCAAGUCGUCUCCCCGGUCGACGGCGCCAAAGCCUGAGCCGGUGGCUGACGGACAGCACCCCGAGCCAGCGGAGAACGAAUCGUCGGCGUCGGCGGAGCUGGAGGUACCGGAGCCGGAGCCGGAGCAGGAAUCUGAGCCGGUUGUGAAGCAGGAGGAGGAGCAGAAGGAGGAACAGAAGGCUGUGGUUGAGCCGGCGGCGGUCACAACCACGGUGGCGCCGGCGCCGGCGGUCGAGGAGGAGGAUGAGAACUUCGACUUCGGAUGGAUCGACCAGUACCACCCGACGUGGCACCGGUCGUACGCGCCGCUGCUGCCGCCGGAGGAGUGGGAGCGCGAGCUGCAAGGGGACGACGCGCUGUUCGCGGGGCUCGGCGAGCUCCCGGAGUGCGCCGUCGUGUUCGGCCGCCGGCGCGAGCUCGGCCUGGCGGCCACCGCGCCGUGCUCCUGAUGAUCACCUCCUCUUUUCUUUUUCCUCCCCUUUUACAAUUUCCCUUUUUUUUUUUUGCUUUUCUUUAGUUCUCCUUGGAGUAAUUUGGAUUGGAGGUUAGUACAUAGCUUGGGUGAUCAAUGGGAGUGAGUGGCUUAACUGUUCAAGAGAGCCUCCUAUUCCCACUCUCCAAAUUGCGUCGCGUGUUCGUCAUCCAAAGCCCGUCGUGCCGUUUCCGAA